AUGCAGUACGACGCGAUUUCAUCCGAGUUCAACAUUCCGAACAAAAUUGAUAUGUUGUUUGGAGCCAAUGUGUACAGCCACAUACUAAAAGAAGGCAUGAAGAGGAGUCCAAACGGAAACUUUAUUGCUCAAAGUACGAAGCUCGGAUGGAUAAUAUCAGGCACUGUCAAUGAGAGGUCAAGCGAAGAUAAAGAAAAUUCGAACGUUAUUUCAGUAUUGCAUACUAGAGCAGAAGAAGACAUUUUAAAGAAAUUUUGGGAAUUAGAGGAACAAUUACCAAGAUCAACAUGGUCAGAAGAAGAACAAGCCUGUGAAGAGAUUUUCAAAAGGACAACAAAUAGAACACCGGAAGGGCGAUAUAUUGUAAAUUUACCCUUCCGAGAAGAUUUUGCCCAAUGUCAAAACAAUGGAUCAUUGGAGAUAGCAAUAGCUAAGUUCAAAUCAUUGGAAAAAAGACUCUCGAAAGACUUGGAACUCAAGGCCAGUUAUAAGGAAGUGAUUAACGAAUAUUUACAACUAGGGCACAUGCGAACAGUUGAAGAAAAGGACGAAAAGGCACACGAAGCAAAAGACAAUAUAGAAAAGAACACAGAAAAGUUCAGUAAAGAAAUUAAAAUAGACGACAUUACGAAAAUAUUAGGUCUUACAUGGGACCGUUGCGAAGAUAAUUUUAGAUAUUCUGUGAAUUUACCCAAGAAGAGUGAACCAGAAACAAAAAG